AUGGCAUCUUCAAAUCUUAUGUCAAAUGUUCCUGGGAGUAGGAUUAGUGGCUGGAAUGGUCUUCCACCAGAGAUUUUUGUUAAGAUUUUGACAUGGAAAACCAUCAGCCUGGAGGUGGAAAGCUCGAACUGUAUUCGUUAUGUGAUGGAAAUGAUUGAGGAGAAAGAGGGAAUUCCAGUUAAUCAUAUUGUUGAACUUGGUGAUUAUCUGUAUUUUGUGGGCAUCCAGUUUCAUCCCGAGUUCAAGUCUCGGCUGGGAAAACCUUCUGCACUUUUCUUAGGUACCACCAACAAAACUAUCUAUCAACACUUUGACUUUUCAAUUGUUGGGAGAACAUAUGUAUUCAGCUUUCAAGCAGAUGACUGCAUCAUGUGUCUAGGGUCACGCUUCAUAUUACUGCUUGCAACAGAAGCAGAAAGUGGUGUUGAUUUGCAUUUGCUGCCUGGAUUCGCCACUAAUAAAGGAAAUGGAAGAAGCCUCAUGAAAUAG